GCAAAUGUGUGGCUGAGACUCGUUUCACCGCCUGAGAAUCUGUUUUAGACCAAAAGUCUAGUGCUUUGGUCUUCUUUGUAACUGUAAAUAGGAUGGCCGCGUCUCUUCCGACCACUUUAUGUCUUAGCCAUGGCGAUGAGUGUUGCAAACGUUCUCCCAAACAAGGCUAUGCCCUUGCUGUGAAGAGGAACCUAAUGGGUGGUUACUCGCGGCUCUGCGUGGGUACUACAGUGAGGAGAUUGGUCGUGACGGCUGCGACUGAAGGAUCUAGAAAAUCUAAAGAGAGUCAACCGUCGUGGGCGAAUCCUGACUCGGAUGAGCCACCUCCUUGGGCCAGAGAAGAAGGUCGUUCUUCUACGUCCCAAGAGAGCAUUGAGAUUCCCUUCUACGUUUAUCUUCUAGCCUCGGCGAUCACUGCCAUUGCUGCUAUCGGUUCUGUUUUUGAGUACUCGAGUAAGAAUCCAGUGUUCGGAGUCUUGGAAUCUGACAGUAUCUUUUAUACUCCUGUGCUUGGGUUCUUUGCAUUUACUGGAAUCCCCACUUCUGUAUUCUUAUGGUUCAAAUCCGUUGAAGCUGCUAAUAAGGAAGCUGCAGAACAAGAUAAAAGAGAUGGAUAUCGUUAAAACUCUUUGUGCUUUUUGCAACUUAUACAGUGAUUGUUGUUGUCCUCCUCCACAUACUUUAUGAAGAUCAUUCUGCGUUGUUUAAAGGAGCUUGCUUCUGUUUCACACUUGACUAUAUAUUACCCGCUUGAAUUGUUGUAGUUUAUAUCAAUGUCAUGUUCCAAAGGAGUAAA